GUUUUAUUUUUACUGUAAAUAUGCAUGUUUGAUAUGCAAAACGUCAGUUGUAGUUUUGAACUAAAAGCAGGGGACGUUUCGUGGAAUAUAUCCCACCAUUUGAACACUAAAAUCGGAUAUUUAUGAUGGAGCUCGCUGCCUUGACAACACCGCUUGGCUGUUAGCCAUAUUGACGCCUGCUGACCGUCUUCAGUCGCUCUCCGAGCGUUAGGAUCUGGUUUCUGACAUCCUCAGACAAACCAAUGCAGGCAGGAGGAAGAGGGGAUCAGCAGGAUGAAUGCUAACUGAGCCAGGAGCUGCACAAAUACAACCGAAAGUUAGACUUUUACAACAGAGGACGAUUUUACUGAAGAUCGCGGUGGUUUGAUUCCCCACCUCUCCUCCGGACAUCAUGACGUCUUCUAUGCUCCGUCGACAGCUGAAGAACCUGGUCCAGAACUACUCUGAGGCCGAGGUCAAGGUGAGAGAGGCGACAUCCAAUGACCCAUGGGGCCCAUCCAGCUCUCAGAUGGCCGACAUUUCCGACCUAACGUACAACGUUGUGGCCUGUAAUGAGAUCAUGACAAUGCUCUGGAAACGGCUGAAAGAUGACAAGAACUGGAGACAUAUCCACAAGUCCCUGACACUCCUGGAGUACCUGCUGAAGACCGGUGAUGAUCGCGUGCUUCUGAAGAUGAAAGACAACAUCUACAUUGUCAAAGCUCUCACAGAGUACCGCUUUGUAGAAAAGGAUGGCAAAGAUCAGGGUGUAAAUGUGAGAGACAAGGCCAAGGUUGUUCUUGUUCUUAUGGAGGACGAUGAGAAACUAAAGGAAGAGAGAGAGUUUGCUGUCAAAACCAGAGAAAAGACAUCAAAAAGUGCAGCUGCAUCAUCUACGGACAACGUCAAGGAUCCAAACUAUAAGCCCUGUUAUGUACCUGGGGCCUCAGGGCUUCCAUCUUUGGACAACAUACCCUCUGUAGCUGACUUGACGGCUUCCUUCGCCGCCCGCAAAGAAGAGCGGCUUAAACAGGAAGCUGAGAAGAAAGAAACAGAGAGACGGGCCAAGAUGAGUGAAGAGGAGCUAAAAUGGGAGGAUGCUAAUAAAGGUUCUGAUGUUAAAACUGAUGCUUGGGGAGGAGAGAAAGAAGAGGAAGUAAAAACGGACCCAUGGGGAGCCCCCAAAGAACCUAAAGAGGCCGUAGAUCCAUGGGGCACCCCCUCAAGACCUGACACAACUGAAACAGCAGCUAGCAGUGGUCCCUGGGGGGCUCCAACAAGUCCUGAUAAAGAUCUAUUUGCAGCAGAUCAAACUAAUGAUGAUCCUUUUGUGGCAUCAAAAAAUGGGGAAGAUCCCUUUGCGGCUCCGAAAAAUGGGGAAGAUCCUUUUGUGGCACCGAAAAAUGGGGAAGAUCCCUUUGCGGCACCGAAAAAUGGGGAAGAUCCCUUUGCGGCACCGAAAAAUGGGGAAGAUCCCUUUAGUGCAUCAAAAGAUGACCCUUUCAACACCCCAAAGGACAGUUCAGACCCUUUCAGUGCCCCCAAAGACACGGAGGAUCCAUUUGCUGCUCAGAAAGAUGAACCAGACCCUUUCAGCUCUUCUAACAAUGAUCCGUUUAAUGUUCCAAAGGAUGAUCCUUUCAAAGCUCCAAAAGAUGACCCAUUUAUCGCCCCAAAAGAUGAUCCUUUUAGUGCCCCUAAAGAAGAUCCUUUCAUUGCCCCAAAAGAUGAUCCAUUCAAUGCACCUAAAGACGAUCCAUUUAAUGCACCUAAAGACGAUCCAUUUAAUGCACCUAAAGACGAUCCAUUUAGCUCUCCAAAAGAUGAUCCCUUCAGUGCAAAAGCAUUAACACCCCCUAAAGAGGACCCAUUUGCAGAACCGUCAUCAGGGAAAGAGGACCCUUUCACUGCUCCCACAACACCACCUAAAGAAGAUCCUUUCUCAGUGCCAACCAAACCUGUUCAAGAUCCCUUUGCUGCACCAACAACACCACCCAAAGAGGAUCUGUUCUCUACACCAUCUUUACAUGCAAAAGAUGACCCCUUCGCUGCCCCAACAUCUCCACCUCAAGAGGAUCCCUUCUCCACAACCUCUAAACCGACCAAGGAAGAUCCCUUUGCUGCACCAACAACACCACCUAAAGAAGACCCAUUCACAGCACCAUCCAGUCCACCAAAGAUAGAUGCCACAGAUCCCUUCGAUGCCCCUCUAGUGAGCUCGCCUCAGAGUAGCACAGCUGCAUGGGGAGCCCCAGCCACUUCUCCACCAGCCACCGGGUCAGAUCCCUGGGGGACCACGGCAGGUGCUUCUUCACCUACCAGUAAUUCUGAUCCAUUUGGAGAUGCAUCCAAAGCAGACAAUGACCCAUGGGGGCCUUCAGCUUUGGCUCCUGCCAGUACAGACGAUGCAUGGGGUGCACCUGCUCCACCUUUAGACUCCUCCCCAUCUAGUGACCCCUUUGGAGAUGGAGCAUCUAAAUCCAAUGACCCCUGGGGUGCAUCAAGCAACACAAGUGGCAAUGGCACAGGAAAGCACUCGAAGCAGGAAGACGCGAUGUAUCGAAAGACUGCUUCCUUCUUGGGCUCAGCAGAGGCAUCACUGGUUGACUUGGACGAUCUGUUUUCAUCUGACCCUAAACCCAGACAGCGCCCUCUCAUUGACACCCAAACACAAGCCAUCGGCACUUUCAAAACAGCGGGCAUGACAUCCAGCCCUUUGCUAAAACCAGGAGCUUUUGCUGAAACAUCACCCUCAUACUCCAACCCUUUCAUUUCGACCAUAGCUUCCCCCCAUGGUGCACCAACUCCCACUUCUGGAGCUAACAAUCCUUCAGCAUCAUUGAAUACUCUGGAAAUGUCUAAUUCUUCCAUCAGUAUGAUUCAGGCAUCUCAGAUAGGUCCAGAAACACAAAUGAUACAUCCCAUUUAUAUCAAUGAGAGUCCACAAUUAGGACACAACAUGAACUCCCCCAUUGGAGGAGUGGGAAUGGUGCAGUUUGGAUAUCCAGGCUCCAUCUUAAUGGGAACUGGAAUGAUUCACUCAGGUGUCUUUCAAGGAAAUCACCCAUCAGGUGACGGUCAAUUUAGAGGCCCACAGGCUGGCGCUGAAGUCGUCUCAGGCAGCGGGUCAGAUGAGAUGGUGAACAAAAAUAAUCCAUUCCUGUUCUGACAACUUGACAUGUAAUUUGGAUCUCUGGAAUCACCAAAAAGGUAGUUUUGCAUGUUUAGUGCUACAGUUUAGUGUAUGCAUUCUCAUUAGGAUCAAUUUUAGAGCAAAAUAUCUGAACCUUACUUUGAAGUGUCUCUUUCCCCCAAACCAAUGCAAAGUUGUUCUGAGUGAUCACCUUAGCCUGUAAUGGAAAUUUCUAUCUUUAUGGUUGUGGAGCCUUGGAGGAAGACAUUGUUCUCCAUAGAUAAGAAGGGGUCACAAAAAGGUAAAACUGAUGUGAAUCAUGUGAUGUGGCCUUUGCAGUGACCUGCUGUGGCAAAUCUAGACCAGCAUGUUUGAGGGUGUUCUCCACCGCCAUUAUCAAAACACCAAAUGAGGCAAUAUCUUUAAAAGACAGGAGUUCAUCCCUCCAGUAGAGUUCCAGAGACGUGAGUCAUUUUUAUACAGAACUAGGCUGAGAAUUAGCACCGAGCACAAGAGCCCAUGUAUGACACAUUCUCACUGAAUCAUAUGCUUUUGUUUGGUUUGGACAAGCAAGCUGCCUGAGAAGAGCAGGAGACAGGACGCACAUCUACACUCCCUAGUGAUGAACACACAGGAUGAUUAUCUGUUCAGAGCUCACCACGUGGAAGCUGGCAUUCACAAUUCAAAUAUAUAGUAUACGUGGCAGUUUUUAUGUUUCUAAGCUUGGUUGUCAAAGUGCUGUUGAAUUUAGCCAGAAGGAAAUGACAGUACUUAACAUGUACGAAGCAAUCUAAAUAUUUGACAUGGUAAACGUACAUCUGUGUCUUUCUAGAAAGAAGGAAACAAUCGACAAAAGUGGUGUAUUGAUAAUGGGAAGUGGUGAGUAUAUAUUUAUACAUAUUUAGAAGCAUAAACAUGCAAAACCACCUAAUGAUGCUUUAAUAAAAAACCCUUUCAUUCCUGAGCUUACACUAACCUCCCCUGAACUCAAGAUGCUGCCCAUGAAUCAAAUAUAUACAAACACAAUGUGUACAGCGUAAUAUAUAUAUAUAAACAAAUAC